AUGGAUAAUUCCACAGAUUAUUACUAUUAUGAUAACUACACUGAUUAUUCAGAAAUUUCCCAAGAAGAUCUGGAAAAACUUACUGAAAUUAUUGACGCUCUGAAAGAACUUGAACAAAUAACAACAACAAUUCAACCAGAAACACCACCACAAACAUUUUCAAAUAUAAUUUUGCUGACUUUUUAUAUUAUUUAUUUUUCAACAUCUGUUUUAUUGGUUUUCAAACUUGCUUGGGAAAUUAUUAGAAAAACGCCUAGAAAGUUUGUAUAUUUGCAAUUUUUGAUAUUAACAAUUGCAUAUUCUUUUGGUUUGGGUUUAAUACUGUUCGGUGAAUAUAUUGGAGGAUUUUAUAUGUGGGAUAUAAAUACUGGACUUAUGGUAAUUAUUCAUAUAACCAAUAUGAAUGAUAAAAUUGCAAAUUUUAUAUCAUUUCUCAAUGGAUCUCAAACAUAUCGACUUUUAUUAUGCUUUUUGCAUAUUUUACAUGAAAUUUUAGCCAAAAAAUAUUGGAUUUUUGGAUUUCUUGCGUUUAUUCUUCAAUUAACAGUUUGUUGGAUAUUUGAACCGGGAUACAUGGUAUACAUAAGAACUGGAUGA